AUGAAUGAGGACUUAAUGACUAGGGUACUGGAAAGCCUGGUCAUCACUGACAUCGUGUCUAUGGGGCGCACUUGUCGUGUAAUGCGAAAAAUUGCCAAGGGGGGUGGCACAACCUUCGAGGCCUUCUUGGAGGCACUGCAAGAGGGCAAGGCCAUUAUAACGGGAUCCGGCGCGCGCGCAAUGGUCACGGGUGACGUUGACGUGGAAAUGCGCGACCUUAACAUUGUAUUGCCACUUGAGUCAUUCGGCACCCUGCAGGAUUUUGUUGUUGAGACCCUGGGCUAUGUGGUCACCUCCAACGCGAGCCAUCCAGCCAUAUCCACCAUGAUCACUCAUUUUGGAAAAUACGCAUGUGACGGUCGAAUUAUGACUAUCGCGAGCGCAGGAACAAAGAUGAGCGUGCUCCUCAUCAUUCUCAGUGCCCCUUCAACAGCCGAUAUGGUGUUCAUGACUACCGGAGGCGUGACCUGGUUCUACCCACAAUGGUUCGGACAGCAAGUGGCACUACUGAGCCAGACAGGUGACCUGGUACCAUGGGAGAAUAAAUUGGGAUGUGCGGGUGAAUUCCACGAAGGGCUAUGA